UCGGAUUCGUGGAUGUGGAGUGUUUUGUGUUGUGUGUGAGUGUUGAAAAUUGAUGUAAUCUGUUGUGGUCAUGUGUGGCUAGUAGAACGAAGCUAAAUACGUCUUCUACGGAUUUGUCACCAUUCGCCAGUACCCCAAGCAUCCAGACUCCAGAGUUAGAUGGAAGUGCUCGUGCAUCCAUCAUUCGUGUACCAGUGCAAAAACGGGGUUGUUACAGUGAAAUCCAAGUUAUGUGUGCGUGCAGUUAGAUAAGCGUCAACACUAGUGCGAUAGGGUUGUUGACAACAAUCAGCGUUGUGGAAUGAUUCCUGUGUGUUGGCGACUUGUUUUACAUUUGUGCGGUUGAGGCGAGCUCUGCACCAUGGGGAAGCUGCUAUCGAAGAUCUUCGGCAACAAGGAGAUGAGGAUAUUGAUGUUGGGUCUCGACGCAGCCGGCAAGACUACCAUUUUAUAUAAAUUAAAAUUAGGUCAGUCGGUCACAACGAUACCUACGGUCGGCUUCAACGUCGAAACUGUCACGUAUAAAAACGUCAAAUUCAACGUUUGGGACGUAGGGGGGCAGGACAAAAUACGACCGCUUUGGAGGCAUUAUUACACAGGCACUCAAGGUCUGAUAUUCGUGGUGGACUGCGCGGAUCGCGACCGCAUCGACGAGGCUCGUCAAGAGUUGCAUCGGAUCAUCAACGACAGAGAAAUGCGAGACGCUAUCAUACUCAUAUUCGCCAACAAACAGGACUUGCCUGACGCGAUGAAGCCGCACGAGAUACAAGAGAAGCUCGGGCUGACGCGCAUACGCGACCGCAACUGGUACGUGCAGCCGUCGUGCGCCACCUCCGGCGACGGCCUGUACGAGGGGCUCACGUGGCUCACCAGCAACCACAAGUUAUGAGCUGCGGAGUAGGCGGCACGCUGACGCCGCCUUCACGCGCCACGGUGAGGAUUUCGAUGCCAUUUAAUUUAAGUAAGCUGCCGCCGUGUCGUCGGAUCGAAUAAUUUGAUUGUGUACUACGUUCAUUGAAGAUUUAACGAUACUAAAAGGAGAUAAAAAAAUAGCCAGUGAAGGUGCGAAACGCGAGACUGUACGCAGUGUGUCGUCCACAGACUAAUACAUAACUCAAACUAGUUAGCGGAGUGUCAACACGUUUGUCACGCGGAUAAAAAUCAAUUAUUCCAUUAUUUAAUUAAAAAUACAAGGAAAACUUUAGGGGUUUGUUGUAACGUGAAUACAUUAUUAUUUUUUUAUGUUAUUUAAAUGAGAAAUUACAUAGAGUAAAUUGAUUUUUUUUUUUUCUAUUAAUUUAGUUUAAUGUUUACCUCCAAUUUUGUAUGUAUAGUAAGGUAGAAAGUUUUCUGAUGCAUUAUUAUAAUCAAAUUGAAGACUUGGUGUGAGAGAACGCGUUGGGUUUUGCGUAUUGUUUUGUAAAAGCUAUGCACGCAUGCGCGGUGUGGUUUGUGAUGUGGCCUGACUGUUGUGAAUAUUGAAAAUGCGUGUUGCCUAUAGUGGGCGCAGCCGAGUGCCAGCCCUAUCGCGGUAAGGUUGCGGUCACACUAGCCAAGAAGCGACUGACUGCAGUUAGCUUGAGAUAACGCACGAAACCUCCGAAUAGAUAGAAUUAAUGCAAAUCAUUUUAUUUAAUGCACACCGCUUAGUCAAUAUACCUCUAUACCCAAUAUAUGUAGUGAAUAGGUGAACACUGUUCAAACAAUAUUUACAUAACUCAGGCGCUUCCUCGCCAAAAAUCAGUCGCAAACAAGGGUGUGACUGCGGCCUAACUCACACGUAGGGUUGUCAGAAAAAUAUCAAAGUUCACCAAAUUAACAAUUUAACGUAAACGUAGUGACGUCCAUUUGUAUUUUGAACAUGAAUUAUAAUUGGAUAUUAGCUACCACCAUAUCACUUGCAGUUGUAGAAGCGAUGGUAACUUUACCAUCAUGAUGGUAACGGCUGCGCCCCUGCCUCCUGCUUGUUACAGCACAUAUCGAUUCAAUGAUAGCGUUGUAGAAAACGUGACGGUUAUAUUAUGAUUUAUUAAAUGAAAAUUUAUAGAAUUUAUUAUGUUUGUUUUUAGAUUAUUGAUAGAUUUAUAUAUUAAUGAAGUAUAGCCAGGUAAGUCCAUAGGAAUUUUACAAUAUGAUUUGAGUGAUUGUAAUUAGUAUAAGAUUUUGUUAUACCAAUAGGUGUAACUCAUUUAUAAAUAAUGAGGGUUGAUAUAUUUUUAACCACCCGAACGGCAUGAUAGAGAAAUUCACACUUGGUACGCUUUUUCAAUCUGUAGCAACAAUGAAAUCACAGAUAAUAAGUCCUUCUCUACUAGCGACAUCUGGUGAGUUUAAAAUUAUUCGCCCUAAUUGUAUCCCAUAUAAUACUGGAUUAGCAGAAUUUAAAUGAAUGUCAAAUAUUUGAGGAUUCUCAUCUCACAAUAUUAAAGAAAUCAAACCGCAAACAGUUGAUGUUGAAACAAACAACUGUUCUGAUAUAGUUGUGAAUUGUAAAGCAUUUAAUUAUCUUCAUUACAUUAAAGUUACAAAAUAAUUAAUAAAUUAAUAUUGUGAUUCAUUAGACGAUUUGUAAUUGCAUGUAAAAAAAUAUCAUUGUAUAAUAGAAAUAUGUCUUUAAACACGUUAUUGAUUUGUAAAAAAAAAUAUAGUGAAGUUGUUUUUGUUUUUGCUCUGUUUCGUUUGUGGCUAAGUUCAGACAUUUCAAGUAAUGAGUGCCUGUGGUUACGUUUGUCAAGGAUAACUUGACUGUUUCAUUAAUACUGUUAGGUUUAAGAGCUAAUCUCCUAGUGCUUUUCAACUAAAUUAUUGUUAUUUCAUACUUGUAAUGUAAACAGUUUCAAUAGAGCUAUUAGUGAAUUUGUGCAAGAUUUGAUUAUUAUCUUACCUGAGUUUAAAGAUUUUUAAAGUAGUCCAUUCGUAUGUCGACAAAUAGUAGUAUAAAGAGGAAGAUUAUAGAGUUUGUAACAUGUAAUCUGUGGAGCUAUUGCGGCAAAUAUUUUUUUUUUACUAAUAGAAUCACCUGCACGGACACUGGGUAACAUAGGCCAUAUUUUGUUAUCAUUUUAUUACUUUAAUGCUAAGUUUAGAUCUAGCAAGAUUUUGCAGCAAUAUUUUGCUUUCAAAUGCGUAAAUACCAGCGGCAAUAUUUAAAUAGUUCUAUAUCGAGUUCUGCGAGCUAAAGAAUUUGCAGUUAGCAGUAAAAAUUGCUUGUGGAAGUGGACUAUUGCAAGUUUUCUUGUUAACUUAAACCUCGCUGAAUAGCACCGCUCGCCUAAUUUUCCGAUCAAUGGAUACAAAGCCUACAUAGAAAUCUGAAAUGAUGUUGGUUUCUAUUAGUGAAUGUUCAGAGCAGUAGUUCCAUUAGCUCGCAAACAAGCAAAAAUAACCCUACAAUAGCUUUAAAUAUGGAUUCUAAAGAAAGGCACACGGACAGAACUUCGAGCAAAUGUUGAUAUACAUACUAAUAUGUAUAUAUUUAUGUUAAUACCUUGCUAUAAUAUCGAUAGUACGAACUUCACUAUUAAUCGACAGUCCCGUAAUGGGACGAACAUGGACUUACCUGCGCAAAGUUCACACAACAGUCACGCUGCAACGAUGAUGAAUCGUGGAAUGUACAUAAUUGAAAUUAUACGCUGUAUGUAUAUAAUAAA